UGUGUGCUCUUUCUCUGGCUCUUUUUAUUUAUUAACUUGUUAUUACUGAUAACACCCUCUGGUGUUAACCAUUUAUUAACCUCAGAUUUUGUUGUAAGAAGGUUGCGUGUUUUUGUGAUUUGUAUGAAUAAUAAUUAUAAUUUUAUAUGAAUAUAUCGAGAUGAGCAAUUCAUCAAAUAUGGUGUACUCCGAUCGGGAGAAGAUGCUAUUGACUACGUUGGUAAGAGAAAAUCCCCUGGUAGAGGAUAAAAGAGCGGACGCUGCGAUGAUAGCGGAUAAAAAGCGCGCCUGGGACUUGAUCACACGAUCAUUUAAUUCCCAGCCCAUAGUUAAUAGGACACGGACAUCCCAACAGUUACGCAGGUUGUGGAUAAAUUUGAAACACAGAAAACGGAAGCAAACUGAAGCACAGCUUUAUGAAACACUGGUCAUUGGUGAUGACCCUGUCACAAUGGUAGAAAGUGACCCUCUGCUGGAGCUUGUAUCUGCAACUGCUCCCAACAUGGAUAUCACUAUGAACUCUCCUUCGGAUAGCACCCACCUAUUUGAGAAAGCUGGUACCACAAUAAAAAAUGAAACUUAUGAAGAGAUACAUAUUGAGGAAUGUCACCUCCCCUCUCCCAGCGAGGAGUGUAUGUUCAAUUCGAACGAUGAGCUAUCUGACACAGUAAAAGUGAAGAAGGCAACAAACCCUCCAAGAUUAUCUCCUGCUGCUCAAGGGAAAGCGAAACGACUGACGAUGGCCAUCCACCAGCAGCGGGAACUCCAUAAUUUUAAAAAACUAAUUGCUGAAGAGGAAUUACUGAAGAUAAGGGAAGAAAGAAAAGUGAAUAUGAAAAUAAUGGACUUAAAACUGCAGCAGGCAUCUCAUGAAGUAGCGACUGCUUUGUUAAAACGAAAACAGGCAGCUGCUGAAGCAGAUCUUGCUGCCUUAAAGUUGGAACAGUUUAGACGUCAGGGUACUUUUUGGCAACGAGGAGAUAUGGGAUGCAUUUAAGAUAUUCGAUGACUUCGUACUGUAUUGUGUCAUGGUUGAAGAUGUACUUGAUUCUGAAGCAAUAUUGGUUUCUCUUGGAUAUGCGUAUACUAAAUUAGAAUAACGUGGUAGAUUUGCGUCCUUGUGUUAUAGAUGAAAUGGCGUUUGCAGGUUUAGGACCAUGAAUUAAACAACCUUUUUUUAAAAAUUGCCGACGUUUCAACGUGUAUUUUCGUCUUUAUCAAGGCUAUUUUUGAUAAAGCUGUUUUUGAUAAAGACGAAAAUACACGUCAAAACGUCGGAAAUUUAAAAAAAAAGUUGUUUAAUUCAUGGUUCUAAACCUUCGAACGCCAUUUCAACUAAAUUAGAAUACGAGGGGCUUUUUGCUGCCAUAAAUUCAUACUCAGAUAAAACAAUUCUUAAUCGUUUCUUGGUUUGUGCUGUAAAAACUGCUAUAAAAUGUUAUCGUCCAACCGUUUUGGCAGGCGUACAAGAUUAUGGCUCUGAUCAGGAAUAAGUACAGGUUGAUAAAGAAAACCGAUAACGAAAACCA